AUGUUGGAGAUGUCGUGUGGUUGGUCGUUCAUCAAACUACUGAAUGACAACGGAACCCUAAUUGCCAACAAAGCGUACAGAUUGCCAGUGAAUGGAGGCUCACCAUUUGAGAAGGGCGUGCCAUUAGACAGGGGUUCAAAUCUUUCUCUCGCAGCCAGCAAGUUUUCUCUCUCCAGCAAAUCCAAAGGACCUCCCAUGAUCAGCAUCAAAAUGAUCUCUCCAUCCAAGACUCAAACACGUUAUAUAGAAUGUCUUCCUGAGCCAAUCGUCGGACCAACCUGCCACCUGGAGUAUUUCUUCUACUUGAGGCACAUCAUGCUCGAUGUUCAAGUCAGGUUCAAGACUAACCUGCAUUCAACUGACCCAGUGCAUUCUCCGUUGCUGUCAUCGUUUCUGGACGCUGCUGAGAGGGCUGAGUUGAUGGAUGUAUUCACGAAGUCAUUGAUCCAGCUGAAGAGGACAUUCACAUUCGUCUUCAUGGAGAGUGUCUACCCCCUCCUCCACAUCUGCCAUCUCGACAGUCUGCCCCCGUACGAUGUCACUCACUACAAGGCGAGACAAGAACAAGUCCUGUUUGCACUGACAGCCACCACAGUGCUUCCAUCCUCACUUCCAACUACAACAACAACGGCAAAGGGGACCUCGAACAGCAAACAGCGUUUGGCGGGCAUUGACCUGCUGACCAGUCCAUUCGUACUCUACGAACCUUUCGACACCCAGGAACUCAUCUUCAAUCCGGUCGAUGAACGCCUCAUCCUGAAUUAUUUUUAA